AUGAUUGUGACAGGAAGUGAUGAAAAUGAGAUCGUAAAGCUACGGGCUAAACUAUCCACUCGUUUUGAAAUGAAGAACUUGGGUGAGUUGAAUCACUUGCUUGGUUUAGAAGUGAGAAGUAUGAAGUCUGACAUAUUUCUUUUGCAAGAAGGAUAUGCCAAGAAGUUGGUUGAAAGAUUUGGGCUAAAGCUUUGCAAGAAAAGGUCUACUCCACUUGAUUUGAAUGAGAAGCUAAGGCGUAAGGAAGGUUCACUACUUCCAGACCCUAAGCCUUAUCGUGCUCUUGUUGGUAGUCUCCUUUAUUUGACUAUAACAAGACCCGAUAUUGCUUUCUCAGUUGGGCUUGUUAGCCGUUUUUUGCAAGAACCUCGAAAACCACAUUUGGAGGCAGCCAAGAAAAUUCUAAAAUAUGUUAAUUCUACACUUGAUUUGGGACUCUUCUAUAAUGUUUUUUCAUUUAAUGGUUAUACUGAUGUUGAUUUGGGAAGAGACUUGGAUGAUCGAAGAUCUACAUCUGGUUAUAUUUUUCUAUGUAGUUUAGCCAGUAUUUGA